AGAAUUUUCAAGAUGGACUCCAACCCGACCUCCCAAACACAAAAGAAAGGUAAAAGAGUGUAACGUAAGCCCAUUAUGUGACACAAAUGCCUAGAAUGUUCAGUAGCCGAUUUCUGAUACGUUUUUUAAUACUCUUAAGAGGUUGCUGACAGUCAAACACGUUACACAGUCGUAUUCCAUGCGUCUUGUAAAAGUUCAGUGUUCAUUUGCAAGCAGUGAUAAACGCUAGAAAAUGUUUCAAGUUACGUUUAGACCUUGGUAGAAUUAAAGUCGACAUGGAGAAAAUAUCACAUGCAGAGUGUAAUGUUAUGUUUUACUGUUGCCCAAGGGGAAAUCAAGGAAAUAUAUCCCAUUGACCUCCCAGAUCUGGAUUACAGUGCACUGAGUUCAACCUCUGAAAACAUAUUGACAGCCCUGGUGUCAAACACCUAUCAAGGAGAGCGUUGGUUUAUACCCUCAAAUGGCUCAAAGGUAUGUUUUUUAAAUUAUGAGUUUCUGGUUACACUCACUCCAAAUAAAACCAUGCUGGUGUAGGCUACAGAUGAGCACCUCUCCCCUUAUGAAAAAAUAUGACAGUCAGAGUGCAGUAUAACUGCAGUACACUGCAGUAUGCUGUAAAUACUGCAUCCAAAAUAACACUGUUUUUUUUACUGCUGUAAUUUUGCAGUAUAACUGCAGUUCAACUGCAGUACACUGCAGUUAUUCUGCAAUUACUGCGUCCAAAAUACAACAGUCGACUGCAGUUACUGCACUUUUACUGCAGUUUCAAAACUGCAAUCUUUUUUUUGUAAGGGUCUUACAAAAACAUCCAAUGUUGGUGACAGAUCUAUCACCUGCCAAAUUUAACCCCUGCACAUAAAACCUCUGCUUCCCUCCAUCAGGUGGAGGUGACACAUGACAACGUGGGCAGACUCCAGCUGUUCGGUGAUGAUGAUCCACCUUGUACUCUGCUGACUCUGCACAUGCCUGCAGAUGGAACUCAAGGUUGAUACCCUACAGAGAAAGGUUGCCUUUCAGAUCUGCUGUGUUUGGUUGAUGUUAUAUAGGCUACAGUAUAAUGUUACAUAGAAUGUUAUAUGUUUUCACAGUGGUGGCCCUAAACCUGCAUGGAAAGUGGUGGUCAUUAAAUGAUGUUUUGAAGACAUCCAUCAAAUCCAAAUCUGGUCUUGUGAUGGUAUGUUCUUUACAUUUGCACUUGUGUCCUCCAUGGUAAGCGAGUAAAUGGCAUCACUCUUAAUGUAGGCCUAUACCAUGACUUCCCAUUACCUUCAUGUUUAGAAGGAGUAGGCACACAUAAAUGAAAUAUGCACUAAAUGCUAUGUUUUUACAUGGUUAUUACAUAUAAAGGGUGUAUUACUACAUGUAAUAACCACUGAAUGUGGCUUUUGCCAAUGUGUUUAGGAUAAGGCUUAGCUGUGUAGGUCAUUAACAGGUGCAGUCUGUUAUGGAGAGAGUGAUACUGUUCCUGCUUAGUCAAAUAAUUUUUGGAGUUUUGGAGAGGCCUUCAGGGGAAGAGAUUUACUUCUCACCUUAUCCUAUGAGGGAAUUUGGCAAAAUUCUAUGGCAUAAUGGAGAGGCAGUUGGAUUCUACACCAUCAAAAAGAAAGGUAAGGCAGUCUCACAUUGUGUUAGUUUCCCAUUUUCUGCCAGUUGACAAAAAUAGUGGCUUACAAAAAGAUUCUCAUCUGCACUCAAUUUCUAUUUAGAACAGGGAGUGUUGCUAGGUCAACACAGUGCAUUGCAACAAAAUAGUAAGGCUGCACAGGCAGAAAAUCAACCCCAAAAACUAUUUUACAAAUAUGUAUGCUCUCGGUUUACACAAUAGGCUCUGUAUGUGUAUGUGUAUGUUUAAAUGUUGAAUUUGGGUGAGUCAGAAUUAGAGGAAAGUGUCACAUUCAAUCAUCCCAUUACUGUUUUCAAGUCAAUAAUUUAUAAAAGAGAAAUAGUGCAGGGAGGAAUUUAUUUUCUUUUGGGGGUUGCAUAUGUUUUUGAUCAUUUGGUCAAAGCAACAUAAUGUAUAAUUGGCUGUUUCAGGAAGUCUGUGUGAUGGAUUUACUAGUCGAAGCUAUCAGCUUUCUGUCCUUGACACUGUGUUUGUGAGGACUCAGUGGAGGAGGAGUGGUCUGGCACUGCAGAUCCUGGGAGACUUCUGUAAAUCCCUCCCCAACGAGGAAGUGAUAGGAAUCAGCUGUCCCAUAUCCCCAAGCAUGAUUAAAGGUGGGUCAGUCAGUAUUAGAAAUUCAAAGGUUAAUUACGUCAAUGCUGGUUGUACCUGUUGUAGUCAUCCAUGCAAAGAUUGCUGAAUUUAUAUAAGGACAAAGUCAGAUAAGGGGAAGUGCUUCCAGUCAAUUUGGAGAUGGCACACGCUAUCACUUGGUUGGACGCAUAACAAUGUAUGGUGUGUUAUGAAGGACUGUUUACCUAGCCCCAAACAGAGAUAUCUAUGAGCGAGGGUGGGGUGGGGUGGGGUGGGGUAGGGUUUCACACUAGCUGUACUUUAUCUUCCAGGAUAUGUACUGAGUCAUAAUGUAUGUAGCCUAAUGGAUCUUUAGACAUAUACCCACACUUUUAGAUGACACUACAUUUGAAAUAAUGCUAGCCAGCUUGUCCUCUUUAAAAAAAACUGGGCAACACUUUCAGAUAAAAUGUAACCACGAUAAUAUACUGUAUGUCUGGACUCCAAAACGUUAACAAGGUAAUGAGGUUUUUAAAAUGAGGAAUUUGCUGCAGGAAUUUUCAAGGAAUUUACCUUUUAAACAUUAUAACGUCAUGUUUAUGAGGACAAAUUACAACGAAACAAAUGAGUGUUACUAAAGUAAUUAUGCCUUAUGGACAAUUCAGGACAACAUCAAAGUUACCCCAUUUAACCCACAGUGAACUUCUAAGUGAAGUCUCAAUUCCAGUGAACUGUCCAUUGUAUGCCUCCAACUCCCUCUCCAGUGUGCAGCAAGUAUCUGCUGCUGCACCAGGACCAAAGGGACCGGCUCUAUGAGGUGGAAGCUCCUGGGGGCUGGGGCCAGAGACGGAACAUAUGGCUCAACAUACAGCUCAACCGCAGCACAAACAGUGAGGCCCUCCCUAGGUUUGGAUCAGGGUGUACCAAUGCAAAGGUUGUGUGAUAAUGGGAGACAGACAGAUAUCACUGUAAACAUCAUAACAUGGUCUGUUAGUUGUAAGACAAGAAAGCACAUUUUGAAAGCAUUCCACUUAUAAAUAGGGUUCAUGUUUAAUAAUAUGAUGUCAGGAGUUUAUAGCUAUUUUAUUUUUAUGUUAUUUUAAUAACAUUACAUCUUUGUAAAGUGGGAUUGUCUUUGUAGGCUCAAGUGAGGAGCAAUGUCCAACAACAUUGAACAAGGAGAAAAUAUAAAUAAUCAUAUCACCAGGUGAGGUCAUUUUAUUUAUAUUUCAUUAUGGUCACAGAGUCGUAGUUAGGAGGGACUGUUUAUGACCUUGUUUAAGAUUUGGUCUCAACCUCAAGUGACUUUUAGAGUCCAUCACAACAAAUUUAGCAACCACUAGAUAUUGUAAUUAAGACCAUUUAUAAGCUGUAGGAGGAAAAUAAGUGAACUUAUACAUGGGUUAGGGAAAUCAAUGUGUAAUCAAAUAUAUUACAUCUGAUUUAGCCUACUCAUAUUGUCUGAGGAAUGUGUAUUUAUAACUGUUCUAUCUGCCUCUUUCCUAACCCUUCCCUCAAGAUGUCUCUUGAUUAUGGGUUUUCUGAUGGUUUGGCUGCCGCCAGUGACGCAGCAUCUUGUGAUCACCACAGGAGUAAAAGAGAGAAGCCACCGGCAGACGGGCUGAGAGGAGUGCUAAUUCCAAACAGGCUAGGACAUUAGAUUAAACCUCAGACCACAGAUGGAUCAUGGUCCUCAUAAGACUUCAAGUCAUGUUUUUUUAAAUGUCAUUUGUAGCAGGACAUAGAAGGUCAUUUGUGUCAGUUGUGAUUUUGAGCAACUGUAAGGUGCUGACUAAUGGCUAGAAAUAAUCGAUUUUCAAAACAACAUUUAUAAUUUUGUGACCUGAAUUGCAAACAGUACAUAUCAGUUUUAUAUUCUGCUUAAUAAAGUGAUA